UCUGGAUCACACUAAUGCUCUUGUCCCUGGAGGAUUUCCAGUCUCUCCUCAUAAAGGCAACUGCAGUACUAGAAGCCUCCAGCUCCUCCAGUUCUCUCCUCUUCUCCUGAAUGACCACCAAGGAUGGACAGGAAGGAGAUCAGCAGAAGAAUAUUAGAAUUCACCUUGGAGAUCAUCUCCCUGCUGAGCGGAGAGGAUUACACCAUAGUGAAGAAGACAUUGGGGCUGACUCUCAUCCUCCAUGAGUCAGGAGGGUGGAGCAGGACCCCCAUCACAGAGCCUCCCCCCCCUGAUAUAUGAGAAGAAGAUCCUAGAACUCACUCACAAGAUGAUGGAGCUGCUGACUGGAGAGGUUCCUGUAAGGUGUCAGGAUGUGGCGGUCUAUUUCUCCAUGAAGGAGUGGAAGUAUUUAGAAGGACACCAGAAUCUGUACAAGGACUCCAUGAUGGAGGAUCCCCGGUCUCUGACAUCACCAGAAAAUCCCAGUAAGAUCUCUGAGGGCAACUUCAUGUUAUCGCUAGAUCAUAUAGUAGAAGAUGAAGAUAUCGGGCAGCGCUCUUCAGGAGGAAACCUCAUUACCUGUAAUGUCCAUCCAGGACUUCACAGUACAGAUCUAUCAUAUAAUCCUCCAAAUCAUGAGGAACCUUCUCCUGACCAAUCACAGAUUGUUACCACAAGUAAUGAUAAGAAACUGGGUAAAAGAGAGAAGUCGUAUUCAUAUUCAGAAUGUGGGAAAGGUUUUAAUACUAAAGAGAGCCUCAACGUUCAUCAGAGAAGUCACACAGGAGAGAAGCCGUAUUCAUGUUCAGAAUGUGAGAAAUGUUUUAAACAAAAGUCAGAUUUCAUUACACAUGAAACAAGUCACAUAGGAGAGAAACCAUAUUCCUGCUCAGCAUGUGAGAAAUGUUUUAUUACUAAUAACAUGCUCAAGGUUCAUCAGAAAAGUCACACAGGAAGGAAAUUAUAUUCAUGUUCAGAGUGUGGGAAAUGUUUUAUAAGAAAGUCAGAUCUCUUUAUGCAUGACAGAAUUCACACAAAAGCAAAGCCAUUUUCAUGUUCAGAAUGUGGGAAAUAUUUCAUUACAAAACGCAACCUCAAGCUUCACCACAGAAUUCACACAGGAAAUACGCCAUAUUCCUGUUCAACAUGUGGGAAAGGUUUUAUAUUUAAAUCAAAACUUGUUGCACAUGAGAGGAGUCACUCAGGAGAGAAGCCGUAUUCAUGUUUAGAAUGUGGGAAAAGUUUUACACAAAAGUCAGAUCUCGUUAUACAUGAAAGAGGUCACACAGGAGAGAAACCAUAUUCAUGUUCAGAAUGUGGUAAACGUUUUAUAAAAAAGUCAGAUCUUGUUAUCCAUGAAAGAAUUCACACAGGAGAGAAGCCAUAUUGCUGUUCAGAAUGUGGGAGAUGUUUUACAAAUAAGUCAGAUCUCGUUAGACACAAAAGAAUUCACACAGAAGAUAAGCCAUUUUCAUUUUCUGUAUGUAAAAAAUAAAAAUGUUUUACAGGAAAAUCUAAUCUAAAGUCAUUAGAUAAUUUACAGGGAGAAGAAACCAAAUUCUUGUCAUAGGAGCAAACAAGAUAUUUUUUGCUUUUCUACACACUGAAUUUACAUCAUUG